AUGGACUCCACCGACUUUGUGAAGCCUCAAGCGAAGCUUGUUCCUCGAGUGGCCGCGUCGCUGCGGAGCGAGUCGAGCUUCCAGCGUGAAAAAGAAGGAAGCUUUACACACGACCUCGCGCGCGAGGCAAACAAGUCACGAUACGUAUAUGGAGAGCGAUCGAAUAGUGGGACAUCAUUAGGAGACGAUGAGAAGGCCCUGCGGAACACGGACACCCACGAUACACAACUCACAACUUUCGAUCAUCCGACUGAUGGCCGACUGUACCGACCUGAUGGCAGUGUUGUGCUGCUGCCAGCGCCGUCGCAAGACCCGCGCGAUCCUCUGAACCUCUCGAUCAAGCGCAAGUGCGUCGCCAUCAUCUCGCUAUGUUGCUUCGGCGCGCUCGCGGCAUCAGCAGAGCUUAUUCUCGGUGCUAUGCUGCCCGUCUUCGCUCUGGAGUAUGCUGGCAUCGACCCGAAAUUCGUAUUGCAGUUCGCAAAGAGCGGAGGUCUACCAGCUGGUAGCGAUCCUCUCAAGUUCCUGGAGGAUCUGCCGAAUUCUCCACCGAUCUGGAACAUUUACCUACUGGCCUCAUUGCCGGUGCUUAUGAUGGGAAUUGCGAACCUGAUCCUCAUCCCAAUGGCCAUCUCCGUUGGUCGAAGAUCGGUUGUUAUCUUCUGCGGUGUAGUUGCAAUCCUCGGAGCCGUCUGGGCGGGUCAGAGUCAAUCGUUGGGCUCGCAUCUGGGCGCAAGAUGUAUACAAGCACUCGGUGCUGGUACCGUGGAAAGUCUGAUCCCAUUCAUUAUCCAGGAUAUUUGCUUUGUGCACCAGAGGAAUACCUGGAUGUCAACUGUCUUCGCCGCGCAGGGAAUCAUCAUCAUUGCCCUUGGAAUUGCGGCGCCCUACAUCAUUGGCUACAUGAGCUGGCGCUACAUCUACGACAUCACGGCCGGAGUCGCAGGCUUCUUCCUCCUCGGCGUAAUCCUCUUCCUCCCAGAAACCCGCUGGCACCGAACCCGCUCAGAAAUGAAUGGCGUGCCCCGAAUCGAAUCUCAGGCAUACCACCCACCCCGAACCCUGAAAUACGACCUCGCCCUCAUCAACGGCCCCUGCGAAUGGCGAAAAGGCUGGCUCGCUUUCGUUGACACCCUCAAGACUUUCUUCUAUCCCCAAAUCUUCUUCAUCACCAUGCUCAACAGCGUCAUGAUCGCCGCGGCACUAGCAGCAGGCUACACCGCUGCCCCAGCCCUUCUGGUCCAACCCUGGUCAUGGCCCUUCCUCCACAUCGGCCUAUGUCUGAUCCCGCUCCUGAUUGCUGCUAUUUUCGUUGGCGUCUUGACAGGAUACUUUGCAGACUGGACUGCAAACUACGUUGCCAAGAAGCGCGGGAAGCGCAUCCCAGAGAAUCAGCUCCUGAAUCUCAUCCUCCCGACAAUUUGCGCCCUGAUCGGAUCCGUUCUCUUCGGUCUCGCGGGCGAGAACCAAGAGAAGUACUCCUGGGGCGUCUUCCUGCUCGGACUGGGUCUGAUGGCUUUCGGCUUCUUGGGAGCGAACACAGUUGGUGCUGUGUACGUUCUGGAAUGCUAUCCUCACCUUGCUGGUCCGGCUUUGGUCAAUAUUGCCAGUUUCAGAUGUCUGGUGGCGUUUGCGUUGUCGUUCCAGGUCAGUGAGUGGAUUGCGAACUUGGGCUAUUUCAACUCAAUGAUAAUCUAUACGGGGAGUAUUGCGUUCUUUGGCGCUUUGAUUCCGGUGGUGUAUCGAUGGGGACCGGCGUGGCGGAAACGGUGGCCGGCGGAGAGGUUGGGAGACGGGUUUUAG